GAAGACAGAACGCUAAAAUGUUUUUUUUUGUUGUUUUUUUUUUACUCCCCUCUUGACACGUUGCCUGGCGAAUUUCUCCGUUCUGCAGAGUUACCGGCUGAAGAAGGAAAAACCUUGCUGGAACUUGUGAUUGAGCAGUUUGAAGACUUACUAGUUAGAAUUUUAUUGCUGGCCGCAUGUAUAUCUUUUGUUCUGGCUUGGUUUGAAGAAGGUGAAGAAACAAUUACAGCUUUUGUAGAGCCCUUUGUCAUUUUACUUAUAUUAGUAGCCAAUGCAAUUGUGGGUGUGUGGCAGGAAAGAAAUGCUGAAAAUGCAAUCGAGGCCCUUAAGGAGUAUGAGCCUGAAAUGGGCAAAGUGUAUCGACAGGACAGAAAGAGUGUACAGCGGAUUAAAGCUAAAGACAUAGUUCCUGGUGAUAUUGUAGAAAUUGCUGUUGGUGACAAAGUUCCUGCUGAUAUAAGGUUAACUUCCAUCAAGUCUACUACUCUAAGAGUUGACCAGUCAAUUCUCACAGGUGAAUCUGUUUCUGUCAUCAAGCACACUGACCCCGUCCCUGACCCACGGGCUGUUAACCAAGAUAAGAAGAACAUGCUCUUUUCUGGUACGAACAUUGCUGCUGGCAAAGCCAUGGGAGUGGUGGUAGCAACUGGAGUUAACACUGAAAUUGGCAAGAUCCGGGAUGAAAUGGUAGCAACGGAACAGGAGAGAACACCUCUCCAGCAAAAACUAGAUGAAUUUGGGGAGCAGCUUUCCAAAGUCAUCUCCCUUAUUUGCAUCGCAGUCUGGAUCAUAAACAUUGGGCACUUCAAUGAUCCAGUUCAUGGAGGCUCCUGGAUCAGAGGUGCUAUUUACUACUUUAAAAUCGCAGUGGCCCUGGCUGUAGCAGCCAUUCCUGAAGGUCUGCCUGCUGUGAUCACCACCUGCCUGGCCCUUGGAACUCGCAGAAUGGCAAAGAAAAAUGCCAUCGUUCGAAGCCUCCCUUCUGUGGAAACCCUUGGUUGUACUUCUGUUAUCUGCUCAGACAAGACUGGUACACUUACAACGAACCAGAUGUCAGCCUGCAGGAUGUUCAUUCUGGACAAAGUUGAAGGUGAUACUUGUUUCCUGAAUGAAUUCACCAUAAGUGGGUCAACAUAUGAACCAACUGGAGAAGUGUAUAAAGAUGAUAAACCAGUGAAAUGUCAUCAAUAUGAUGGCCUUGUAGAAUUGGCAACAAUUUGUGCUCUUUGUAAUGACUCUGCUUUGGAUUACAAUGAGGCAAAGGGUGUGUAUGAAAAAGUUGGAGAAGCUACAGAGACUGCUCUCACUUGCCUGGUAGAGAAGAUGAAUGUAUUUGAUACGGAAUUGAAGGGUCUUUCCAAGAUAGAACGAGCGAAUGCCUGCAACUCGGUCAUUAAACAAUUGAUGAAAAAAGAAUUUACUCUAGAGUUUUCACGUGAUAGAAAAUCAAUGUCGGUUUAUUGUACCCCAAACAAGCCAAGCCGGACGUCGAUGAGCAAAAUGUUUGUGAAGGGUGCUCCUGAAGGUGUCAUUGACAGGUGCACCAACAUUCGAGUUGGAAGCACUAAAGUUCCUAUGACCCCUGGAAUCAAGCAGAAGAUCAUGUCUGUCAUUCGGGAAUGGGGUAGUGGCAGUGACACACUGCGAUGCCUGGCUCUGGCCACUCACGACAAUCCACUGAGAAGAGAAGAUAUGAACCUUGAGGACUCUGCCAACUUUAUUAAAUAUGAGACCAAUUUGACUUUCGUUGGCUGCGUGGGCAUGCUGGACCCUCCGAGGAUUGAAGUCGCCUCUUCUGUGAAGCUGUGCCGGCAGGCAGGCAUCCGGGUCAUCAUGAUCACGGGGGACAACAAGGGCACUGCCGUGGCCAUCUGUCGCCGCAUUGGCAUCUUUGGGCAGAAUGAGGAUGUGACAGCAAAGGCUUUCACAGGCCGGGAGUUCGACGAGCUCAGUCCUGCAGCCCAGAGAGAUGCCUGCUUGAAUGCCCGCUGCUUCGCUCGAGUCGAACCUUCCCACAAGUCUAAAAUUGUAGAAUUUCUUCAGUCUUUUGAUGAGAUUACAGCUAUGACUGGGGAUGGUGUGAAUGAUGCUCCUGCUCUGAAGAAAGCCGAGAUCGGCAUCGCCAUGGGCUCUGGCACCGCGGUGGCUAAAACCGCCUCGGAGAUGGUCCUGGCCGACGACAACUUCUCCACCAUCGUGGCUGCUGUGGAGGAGGGACGGGCAAUAUACAACAACAUGAAGCAGUUCAUCCGCUACCUCAUCUCAUCGAACGUGGGGGAAGUUGUCUGCAUUUUCCUGACAGCUGCCCUUGGAUUUCCUGAGGCUUUAAUUCCUGUCCAGCUGCUCUGGGUCAAUUUGGUGACAGAUGGCCUGCCUGCCACCGCACUGGGGUUCAACCCCCCUGAUCUGGACAUCAUGAAUAAACCCCCCCGGAACCCGAAGGAGCCGCUGAUCAGUGGGUGGCUGUUUUUCCGUUACCUGGCUAUUGGCUGUUAUGUUGGCGCUGCUACUGUGGGUGCUGCUGCGUGGUGGUUCAUUGCUGCUGAUGGUGGUCCAAGAGUGUCCUUAUACCAGCUGAGUCAUUUCCUACAGUGUAAAGAGGACAACCCAGACUUUGAAGGAGUGGAUUGUGCAAUCUUUGAAUCCCCAUACCCGAUGACAAUGGCACUCUCUGUUCUAGUAACCAUAGAGAUGUGUAACGCCCUCAACAGCUUGUCUGAAAACCAGUCCCUGCUGAGGAUGCCCCCUUGGGAGAAUAUCUGGCUCGUGGGCUCCAUCUGCCUGUCCAUGUCGCUCCACUUCCUAAUCCUCUAUGUGGAACCCUUGCCACUUAUCUUCCAGAUCACACCGCUAAAUUUGACCCAGUGGCUGAUGGUGCUGAAAAUCUCCUUGCCUGUGAUUCUAUUGGAUGAGACGCUUAAGUUUGUGGCCCGCAACUACCUGGAACCUGGUAAAGAGUGUGUGCAGCCUGCCAGCAAAUCCUGCUCGUUCUCGGCAUGCACCGAUGGGAUUUCCUGGCCGUUUGUGCUGUUCAUAAUGCCCCUUGUGAUCUGGGUGUAUAGCACAGACACUAACUUUAGCGAUAUGUUCUGGUCUUGACUGACAGUUUUACAUAAAGAAGAUGUUUAACUUAAUCAAUUAAUUUUUUAUUGUUUAAAGCAACUGUCUAUUUCUGCUGAAUUUCACAUGAACAUAUUGGCUGGUGAAGGAGGUUUCAUACUCUAGAUUUUGUUUUGCUUUUUCUGACUCCAGUGGGGCAAGAUUUUCCUUUUUUAUACACAUAAUUAAAGUGUCCAUUGACAUGUACAGAGAACUAACACUAUUUUAUGCAAAUAUUUUUUUGUAGAUGAAAAAGCAUGUACAGUGUUCUGUUUAAUACUCAUCCUUGUAUAAAAAAAAAAAGUUGAGCCAGCAGACAUUGUCAGCAAAUUAAUUGGCAGCAGAUUUUAGGAAAUGAAUGUGUGUGGUUUUUUCUAAAACAAAAUAGCAUGUAUUGUGUCUUUUGCAUGAUCAUCUGGGUUUAAUCUGAGAUCACAGUCUAAUUUUUAUUCAUAAGCCAAUUUUUCUGCACUGGGCAGAGUACUGCUACCUCAGUCAGUAUUUUUUGGUUUGCCACUCCCUCACCCCUCUCGGUUCACCUCCACCCCCACCCCACCCCGGUCCUGCCCGCUCAGCCCGCUUCUCCUGUAGGAUUUCGAUGGUUCUGUUUACAUCAGUCUUAAGAGGUAUGCCUGUUCUCGCUUGUGCAGAAAACAUUGUUCCAGAUUCGAUUGACUGGGUUCAUGUCCCCUCACGUAGUUUUUAAGGUUAUUUAUUUAAAUGUCUAGUCUAUUUUAUUGUAACAGACAUUGUUUUGCCAACAUUGCCUAUUUCAGUGGCACUUCACAAUCUAGUUAAAAAAAUAAAACAUUUUAAAUGGACAGAAAAAUAACUGCCUUGUUUUUAACUCUUAAGUGGCCUAGCUUGAACUACCAACUUUCUCCUAAGUCCUUAGCGCAGACCCUAGUUUUACUGUGGUUUGGUUACAGGGAAGAAGGAGCCUGUUCUGCUGCAGAGGUAGCUGUAAGAAUUUUAUUUUUUAAUCUAUAGGCACUGUCAUCUGUGACAUUUUAUGCAAGUUUCUGCUGGCCUGUUUUAGCCUGGUGUAGAGAACAUAAGGGCAGGCGUGUGUGUGUAUGUGCGUGUAUGUGUUUUGUAAAAUCUGUAAAUAGCACAUGACCAAAUGAACAUAUUGUAUAGAACUAUUUUUAUUUGAAUGUGGCACUAACCACCACCAUCAUACUAUGAUAAAUGUUUGCGCAUGUUCCAGAUCAGUCUUAUCAACAGUGUGUAAGUCAUUAACAGCCCUAACUGUGGUGUUUUCCUCCAAUGCCUUCCAACAUCCAUCAACUAACGUGAGUAUUCCCUGGAAUUCAGAGGCUCUAGCCUAAAGAUGACUGCCACCAAGUGAGCUGGCUUUAUGACACUAAUGAAUAAGCCCCGUGUGUCAGACACUGCUGUGCUCUGUGGCUGUCCCUGAGAGCAGGGGGCAUACGAUGCAAGCUGCCUGGGACAGCGGCCCAGCCAGAUGUUGGCCGCGAGGGCCCAGAGGAAGAGGAACCGUUCUGACUUGGUCCGGCUGGUCGGCUGAGUGAGGGAGCUGUGCCUUGGCUAGUGCUGAGGUGGGGACUCACGAACAGUUGUGGUUCAUUUGAUCUUUGUUAAUUGCAAGGACUUGUCCCAGAACCUUGGUUCAUUUAAAAAGCAAAAGGCUAGUGAAAGCAAGUAACCGAACCGGUGAACUCACGUAUCUGUAGGUUCCUCUUAGGUUGGCUGCCUUCACUUUCUGGGUCACAUCCUUUGCAGCUGAGACUUGUCUUCUCUCUGCAGGGCCGUUAGGGCACGGUCAUUAGGGCAUGGCCCUCUCGGCCAGCAGCCGGCCCGCCUCGUGUUAGCCGGGGCGAAGGCGGCCGCCUCCCUGUGGGGCCCUGAGUGUUCUUGUGAAGGUACUUGGGCCCUGGUUGCUGGGUCAGAAGAUGUGCUAUAAAUGCUGGCUGUUGGGGGGAAAAGGUAACGGGCAGGACAAGGUGCUGCUGCCGAGUUCAGAGGUCAGAGUGUAGGGUGGAAGUGGGCGCAGAGACUGAAUGCCGAGCUCUGGCCUGGCUCACUUGAGGCUUCUCUCAGAGAAAAGGGAGGUUGGUUUGCUUGGCAGAGACCGUAGGGGGUAGGUUUUGCCGAUUUUAGCAUUGUGAGGGGCAAAAAGAAAAGGGCUGAGUGGAUCAAAUGCCAGGAGUGCGCUUUGGCUACAAACCAAAACGGGAUGUCUGAGCCUGUUGGGUGGUGUGCUCUUCAGUGGAAACCAAACCAACCAAGUAGUCAGCUUUUCCUGACUCAGUUCCUUGAUUUAGUGGCUUUUACAAAGUAAGUUGGAUGCUGUGGGCUGUUGUAGGAGACAUGCAGAGCCCCAGGUGGCCCCGGGCUGGCUUUGCCUUGUGGUUUCUCAGCUUCAGGCCUGUCCAGCCCACAGAGGCAGUUCGGGCACCCACUUCCCUCCGCCCAGACAGCUGGGAGAGGGAAGGCUCUGCUGCCUCCAGCAGGCCCUGUGGGCCCUGCGUCCACCUCUGGGAACCAUGUCCAUGUCGGUGCCUCCUCAGCAAUGGGGUUGCUGUGGGCACCCCCUGGCCUCAGGUUUCCGUCCUGCAGUGAGCGGCAGCCACCCGCCGCCUCCUCACCCGGCAGGAAGGCACUGUUGGCCUCUGCUUUUGCCGCCAUCAGUGACUGGAUGGGGCAGUGUCUUAGACCCACGCAGGUGUUGCCAGGCAGCUCUUGCCUGAAACACUUUACCUGUGGGCCUGUGGCCCAUCCCAUUAAUCCUGCUUUUUGCCACCCCUUGCUCACCUGGCCUCUCUGAUAAGCUUUGCCCAGAAGGUGGCAAUCACACAUCCAUCCCACCCCGGGGGCACCACUCCAGCAGCAUGCUCUGCGUUUACAAUACAGGUAAUAUGUUCUGUCUGGAGAGCUGCGGGAGCUCACAGACAGCAAGGCAACUGCCAGCCUCCCUCAUAAGCAGCUGCUACCACUUCACCCUCAGCCCGAGGCCUCGCCCCCUGGGUGUCUGUGGCAGGCGUCCCUCAGCGGUGUGAGGCCACAAGCCUUAGCUCAGUGUCUGCCAGGCACCUACCCACAGCCCAGAGCCUGCUGUGUCUGCAGAGCUAAAUCGGCCAUCGUCUUUUAAAUUUAACCACCAAAUUCUGUCAAAGCCACCACCCUGCAGUUAACAAUGAGGGUAACCUCCAGCCUUCUUUCUUGAAAGGGAAUGGCGAUAAGCAGCCCAGGUACAGCAGUUUCCCCCGGACCAGACGGCAGGGCUGGGCCUGCAGCGCAGAGGCUGCCCCUGGGGAGGGCUGGGGAGGAGGGAGCUCGAGGCCUGGGCUGCCUGCACACUGCUCGCUCCUGCAUCUCCCUGCACUGCUAACCAAGAACUGUUCCUUCUCUUGUCCAUCUCACUCCUGUUGCACCUGAAGCGGUUAAGUGCCUGGUGGGAUUGUCCCGUGAGCCAGGGGCAGGGGGCUUUGCUCUGUAGCCAGAGGACGCCAGGGAUCUGUGCUGCUGAGCCAGCGCUUCCAGAUGCUGCCCUGCGUGGGCAGUGCCUCGGGGCAGCUUCUCAGAAGUGCUGGUCUUACAGUCUUGAAGGGUCAAACUGAAUGUUCCUUUCAUCUGUCACUAUCGUCUUAGGCUUGAGUAGGUAUCUGACACGUCCCCCCACAUUUCCUCAAGCUGAUCUCCUCUUUCUUUCCUUUUCAGCGAUACUGGAGUAACCGCUUCCUAAGCCAUUGUGCAGAAAUGUGAGGGUGUUCGGUUGCGUGCAUGUGCGUUUUUAGCAACACAUCUGCCAGCCCUCUGCAUGGUUGAAGUUGGGGGGGGAAGAAAAGUAGAAAAAAGCCCCCGACUCAUUGUGUGUUAUGUGGAGGAAAUGUGUAUUACCAAUGGGGUUUUUAGGUUUUAAAUCAAAAUAGUAAUUAUAAAUGUACAGUUCAGCUUCAUGAAUCCGAGAGCCUCGCCAGAGAAUUUGUUUCUCUGCUGCAAGAAGAAUGAGGUUCUGAAACUUUAUCCAAGAACUCAGAUGCCAUCAGCCAAGUCUCCAUAUUUCUCUGCAAAACGUCGGCUUAUGUGAACAUACAGUAGUCAAUAUUCAGCUGUACUGCAUGCCUUCAGGUGGGAGUAGCCAGAUUUCUACGGUGUCAUUGAAACAUGUUACCUUUUAAUUGGCCCUGUACAGUUUUGCUUAUUUAUAAAUUUACUGAAAACACUACAGGUGUUGAAUGGUUAAAAUGUAGGCCUCCAGUUCAUAACUUGUUAUUUUUUGAGUGUACAAACAGCUAUUUUGCACUGUAUUAAGUGUAACUUAUUUAAUGAAAUCAGAAGCAGUAGACAGAUGUUGGUGCAAUACAAAUAUUGUGAUGCAUUUAUCUUAAUAAAAUGCUAAAUGUCAAUUUAUCACAACGCAUGUUUGACUUUAGACUGUAAAUAGAGAUCAGUUUAUCUCUGUGCUGGUAACAAGCAUUGCACAGACAUGUUUCAGGUAAAUAAAUCUAUUCUACGAUAA